AUGGCCUAUGAUGCACAGCUAGGAGCUCCAACUGGACUAGAGCAUCCCGAGAUACCACAGUCGGAGCAUCCAGAGGAGCCACAACAGGUUGAGAUACCUACGGACAUCAAAGCACCUGCCUCUACAAUGCCCUCUACAGGAUCUAUGCCUGAGUCAUUUGAACUUCAAAUAGGUACCAAAGAGGAGCCAAACCAGAGCAACUCUCCUGCCACCUUCUCUGAGACAGCCAUGGCUAAAACCCAAGGAGCUAAGUCCUCGUCCCCAUCAACUUGCCUAAGAAUCCCAAGAGAGAGCCCUAUCCAAGCUGCCAUACCCGAGCCUCCACGGCCACCGGUCGUCCCACCUCCAGUUGAGGACGCACCCAUGAGUCCUCCUUCAAGGCGUUAUCAGACAAGGAGGUCACUCACCAUGGCCGGGACAAGCUCUUCCCAAGCCCAAAAGUCAAGUAGCGGUCCCCCAAAGAAGAAAUCCAAGAUUUUGGAGCAUUUGGGAUGCCCGACAAAGCCUCAGCUAGAGCGUAGAUGCAUUUGUCAAGAGAUAUUCACUCUCGACAAAUGGACGAGUAUGACAGCCUAUGGUGCAAACCAGGGAGCCCCAACUGGACCAGAGCAUCCAGAGCAGCCAGAGGAGCCACAACCGGUUGAGAUACCAGCUGACAUUACACCACCUACCCCUACAGUAGCCUCUAUAGAGCCUUUACCUGAGGUUACACCCUCUGCUCCUCAGACCACAUCACAGACUCCCCCUGUUAUUCCACCCAUAUCAGAGCCAUCUCCUUCAUCUGAGCCUAGGAUUGCUAUAUCCAUUAUCGAGUAUAGAGGCCUAUGCCACACUUUCCAGGCAUUGGCCACUUCUCAGAGCAUCCUCACUCAGUAG